AUGACGGAUGUCGCUCGAGAAUUCGGGAUAGCUGUCAGCGACUCCUCCACGGUCUUCGCCUUCCUAACAGAUAAAAAAGGAUUUUCAAAUAAAGAAACAGUCUUGGUCGAGAAAGUUUCACAAAAUCGACAAAUUCUUGCGACACCAAAUCUCAGACGACUUGUUAUCGAAAUGUAUUCUGUAUUUGAUAAAUGUCAAAAAGGCUCCUCACCUGAUGCACCUCUAGACACGCCUACUUGCUGCACAUUCUCUCGAGCUUAUCGUUCAGUUCUCUACAAUGCCGCCGUGUCUCACAGCAGUUCCGACUUCAUGACAGACUUUGCUUUGUGGUCACUUUACGAGAAAUUAUGGUUUGGAAGAGGUGAUAGCUCGAUAUGUGCGGAUCUUAUUUCAUGGGCCAAUCAGAGCUUCACGUUUUCUAGAGGAGCCAUGGAAUCAGCUGUGGAAUAUCUGCAUCCGGGGAAGACGAUUCCAGAAGAAUAUUGGAAGGGAGUAGCAGUCAGCUUGCUUAGUUGCAAUUUCAGCGAUUGUGUUGAACUGUUGGAGCUACAUGGAGGCGGAUCAGAAUGUGAUGCAUUCAUUGAGGCUCUCACAUUCUUCAAUCCCGAAAACUUAGUCGACGAAGCAUUAGCUAACACAGUAAAUGAAUGGAAGGAUAUCAUGCGUGAAAAUUUGACAAGUGGGAAGUACGGGAGCAACGAAAAUUUCAAAUAUCUUACGAAGCUCCUACUCGGUGAGGAACGAUACCUCGUAUCUAUGGCUUCACGGAUUUUCGACACGUGGUGGCAUUUUCUGCCAUUCUUUGUGCUUGUCAAGAAUCCAUUCGCCGGACAUGUCGAGCUCAUUGAGCUAGCUGAUGAGUGUAGAACACUAUUCGUUGGAGAAGAGGAAGAGGAGGGUGCAAAGGAAAAUGAUGUAUUCUGGUGUCUUAUUUCGAAGGAUGAUAUUAACUUUCAACAGUUGAUUGCCUCGAAUCCCUGGCUCGCAGUUCACCUGGUUGAUCUUAUUCACAAAUCCACAUUGGAUCCCGAGUUUGAAGUGAUGAGGAAAAUGCACAUGUUGGACUACGCCAGUGUUCUUAUCUCUCAUUCUCCUCUGUGGGAAAUCGGAGCCGGAUAUCUUAUUGCGUGUGGUACCGAAGGACUUCUACGUCUCGAAACACACAUCGAAGGGCUUCACAUUGAGGAUGAUGAGAUGGCUGAGCAGUUGCUGGAAAUAUGUGAAGAGCAUCGACUGGAAGACGCGAAAAGUUGUGUGACAAAUACAAUGACUUUCCGGUAUCUGAAGCAAGGACAUUGGAGUUCAACACUCGCUUGGGCGUUGAAAACUGGAUCCAAAAAGACAAUUGACUGGACAGUAUCUCGAAUUGUUGGUUCAAGUUCGAAGGAUGAAUUGGCUGCAUUAAGAGUUUUAUCUUCAAUAACCAAUCAUUCUGUACUCUCACUUCCAUCUCUUACCUUCCUCUACUCUUAUCAACGAUUUGUGAAGAUGAUGCACUGUGGUGAUGUACUGGACUGUGUUCAACAUCUGAUACCGCUUAUUAUGAUGCCUGAUGUUCCAACUCAGUAUUACUAUGAUCUCUUCGAUUAUUUAAUCACGAUUAUCAAAGAGGAUGGGCGUGCUGGAAUCCGAUUUUCCAAGGAGAUUCUCUAUGAGCUCUCAACCUUUUUGUCAACGUUUACGCUUGAUAAACAUCGAGAUUUGAAUGAUAAUUAUAUGAAAAAGGUGAAAGUGCUCAAAAAGAUGGUAAUGCUCAAGUUGACAGACUCGAUUGCGAAAGGAAUUGCGUGCUCUUGAAUAAUUUAUGAAUUAAUUUUAUUUUAUUUACAUUUGCCGAUGUUCUUUUUUGUUCUGGGAUCUCAGAAAAUUUAAUUUUUUGUAUGUGAAUAAGGAUCACAUCUCUU